UUUAGAUAGCAAAGGAUACGCUUGCUUUCUUGAUUUCUCGGCGAAAUUUGAACGGUGAUGGAAUUGCCACUAGAAUACUUCAUAUUAUUGCUGAUAUUGAUAUUUUUUGGAACUAUAGUUAAUAUAAUUCAGACAAUUUGGAAGCUUCUUGUUCACUUUUUCGCACCAGAAAAGUGUGAUCUUAAAAACAAGUAUGGAGAUUGGGCAGUUAUUACUGGAUCCACCGAUGGCAUUGGAAAGGAAUAUGCCAAAGAAUUGGCAAAAAGAGAUUUGAAUGUUGUGCUUGUGAGUAGGACUUUGGAAAAACUGAAACUGGUGAAAAACGAAAUAGAAGAGAUAAACCCCGCGGUGGAGGUCCGAGUGAUCCAAGCGGACUUUAGCAAGGGAAAAAAUGAGUUGACGCGAGUUGAAGCAGAGCUUAAAAAUAUACCCGUUGGGAUAUUGGUGAACAAUGUCGGAAAAAUGACAGACAGCCUGGAGUACCACGAUAAAAUUUCCGAGGACGACGUGUGGGACAUGAUUACCAUAAACGAUUGCGCGACGGCGAAAAUGACCCACAUGGUUAUCGACCAGAUGAAGAAGCGCCGCAAAGGUGCCAUAAUCAACGUGUCGUCGGCCACGGAUUUAACGCCCAUUCCGUUGCAAGCCGUUUACGCGGCCAGUAAAAUAUUCGUCACGUAUUUCUCGGACGCCAUUAGGCUCGAGUACGCCAAGUAUGGGAUAACCGUGCAAUGCCUCUCGCCGUUUUACAUCAACACCAAGAUGCUUGGGUUCGCGCCAACAGUUCAGAAUCAUUUUGUUAUCUUCCCCAACGCCGAAAAAUACGUGAAAAGUGCCAUAAGAACUUUAGGAUUGUUAAACUCGACGUCUGGAUAUUGGAUUCAUGAUGUAUUGACGUCACUCGUAAAGUUGCUACCGAUGUGGGCUAGGAUGAGAUUUAUGCUUUAUUUCAAUCGUUAUCUGCGUUACGACUAUUCACGAAGACAGAAAGAGAAUGGGGAAUGAAAAAAUUAACGUUGUUGAUGCAGCUAUACGACAGAGUAUAACACUUUUGUGAUAAACUAAUUAAAAAUAAAAUUCUAAUUAAAAAAAAAAAAAAAAAAAUGAAAAUAUUACAUCGAAGAUAUUUUGUUGGUCGGUAAAUUUUGUACAAAGAAUAAAAAUAAAAAAUUGUGAAGCUA